GAGUGUUUCACUACGGUGCCCACAGCAGCCGGGCGGGGCAGGCAGGAGUAGGUCCAGGACUGGGAGCUUCCGUCAGGAGGAAAGGCUCGGGGGCGAGGGUGGCCGGAGAUUGCCUCCUCUCUUCCUCUGCACUACUUAAGCUGCAAGGGUACCAGGCGCAAGCACAGCGACGCUUUUCCCGACGUCCGCCAGAUACACUCAGCUGACAACCCUACCUCUUACCGAGGGCGGAAGGCCGGUGUCGGGUGGGACCCGGCGCCAUGGCUCGGUCGGUCCCGGGCACGCCCGGCGCUGGAGCACAGAGAAUCUCAAGCGCGCCUCGGUUUCCGGGUGCUACUUGGAAGCUUCUUGGGAAAUCCUAGACCCCUCCCUCGGAGCAAAGACUCAGACGGCGUCUCUGUUUCCAAGGAAACAGCUAGGUUCCGUGACGUCACUUCCGCCGGCCUGUCUGGACUCCAGACUGUUGGGGAAAAGGAGCAACAGCCACGACAGUGGACGCGAGCGUCUCCUCUGUGCGCAUGCGCCCGCUUGGCGGCCUGCUUCUAUUUAUGUGGGGGAUCCAACAUGGCGGCCGUGGCGACCCUGACGAUGGCGGUGGAGCCCAUCAGAACAUAGUAGCGGGGAAAGGGACACGGUCGGCACUCACGGUGGCGUCGGCGGAGACGGCUGAGGGCGGUGGAGGGCAGAAAAGCGACGGAGUGCAAAAGGAAGGGCAGGCAGGCACGCGGCGCGACGUAGAAGAGAGUGCCGGCUUGAGAGCAAGCCAAGGGCCAGAACAGUGGGGAUGGCGGAGCCGCGCCGAGUAGCGUUCAUUAGCUUGUCACCGGUGAGGCGUCGUGAGGCCGACUUCCCGGGCGCCGAGCGCGAGCCCGAGUACCACCGCGAUCCCCCCCGGCUGGAGCCGCAGCCGUACCGCGAGCCGGCCCGGGCGGAGCCGUCGGCCCCCCGGCCCGACGCGCAGCCCCCGCCGCGGGAGAAGCCACUGCCCCCGCGCGAGGCCGGCCGCGCCGAGCCGCCCAUGGCGCUGCAGCGCGAGCCCCCGCGGCCGGAGCCGCCGCCGCCGCCGCCGCUGCCAGUGCCCCUGCCGCCGCCGCCUCCGCCACCGCCGUCGCGGAACCCCGGUACCCAGGCCGAGCGUCCGCCACGGGCACCCAAGGAGACGGUGCGCUUGGAGCUGGUGCUCAAGGACCCCACGGACGAGAGCUGCGUGGAGUUCAGCUACCCGGAGCUGCUGCUGUGCGGAGAACAACGGAAAAAAUUCUUUCAUACAGAAGACCCGUUCAAUGAUGAGCAUCAGGAGAGGCAAGAAGUGGAAAUGUUGGCCAAGAAGUUUGAAAUGAAAUAUGGUGGGAAACCUCGUAAACACCGGAAGGAUCGCCUACAGGAUUUAAUUGAUAUAGGCUUUGGCUAUGAUGAGACAGAUCCAUUUAUUGAUAACUCAGAGGCUUAUGAUGAAUUAGUUCCUGCUUCUCUAACAACAAAAUAUGGAGGCUUUUAUAUCAACACUGGCACUCUGCAGUUUCGCCAAGCUUCAGACACUGAAGAGGAAGAUUCAACAGACAAUCAGAAGCACAAGCCACCCAAGAUUCCUAAAAUAAAAGAAGAUGACACUGAGUUGAAGAAGCGGAAGCGGAAAGAGGAAGGAGAAAAGGAGAAGAAGCCAAGAAAAAAAGCACCCAAACAGCUGGGAGUUGUGGCUCUAAAUUCACACAAGUCUGAAAAAAAGAAGAAACGUUAUAAAGAUUCCUGUGCGCUCGCUGCCAUGAUACGAAAGUUUCAGAAAGAGAAGGAUGCAUUGAAGAAGGAGUUUAACCCCAAAGUCCCAGGGACUUUGUCAACCUCCGCUCUGACUAAGCCUCCCACUACUGCCACAGCACUGGGCAAUGAUGUCCCAGACUUAAAUUUGAACAGUGCUGAUCCAGACCUCCCCAUUUUUGUUAGCACAAAUGAACACGAACUGUUUCAGGAAGCCGAAAAUGCCCUAGAGAUGCUAGAUGACUUUGACUUUGACAGAUUUCUAGAUGCUGCUUCCAGUGGCAGCCCCUUGUCUGAGUCGGGGGGAGAGAAUGGCAACCACCCCCAGCCAGCCUUUGCUUCUCAGGUCAUGCCCAAGGUGAUACCUACGCUCCCAGAGGGUCUGCCUGUACUUCUGGAAAAGCGCAUCGAGGACCUCCGUGUAGCUGCCAAACUUUUUGAUGAAGAAGGAAGGAAAAAAUUCUUUACACAGGAUAUGAAUAAUAUUCUUCUGGACAUCGAGUUACAGCUACAAGAGCUGGGCCCUGUCAUCCGUAGUGGCGUUUACUCUCAUCUUGAAGCUUUUGUGCCAUGCAAUAAAGAAACACUGGUGAAACGUCUCAAGAAAUUACAUCUCAAUGUCCAGGAUGACCGUUUAAGAGAACCUCUGCAGAAACUGAAAUUGGCUGUUAGCAAUGUCAUGCCUGAACAGCUGUUUAAAUACCAGGAGGACUGCCAGGCGCGUAGUCAAGCUAAGUGUGCCAAGUUGCAAACAGAUGAAGAGCGAGAAAAAAAUGGAUCAGAGGAAGAUGAUGAUGAGAAACCAGGGAAACGAGUCAUUGGACCACGGAAAAAAUUCCACUGGGAUGACACCAUUAGAUCUUUGUUAUGUAACCUGGUAGAAAUCAAAUUGGGAUGCUAUGAGUUAGAGCCAAAUAAAAGCCAGUCUGCUGAAGAUUACCUUAAAUCCUUCAUGGAGACAGAGGUGAAACCCUUGUGGCCUAAGGGCUGGAUGCAGGCAAGAAUGCUUUUUAAGGAAAGCCGAAGUGUACAUAAUCAUCUUACUUCUGCUCCGGCAAAGAAAAAGGUGAUUCCUGCACCCAAACCCAAAGUAAAGGAGGCGAUGGUGAAGAUGCUUCCUCUCCAUUCUUCCCCCACUGUGCUUAAGGAGUGUAGUCCAAAAAAGGACCAGAAAGCUCCUGCAUCCUUGGUGGCAUCAGCCAGUGGUCCAUCCGCAAGCUCCAGCACAUCCGUCGUUGCCUCUGCCAGCUCCAGCUCAAUCCCAGCCCAGGAAACCAUCUGCCUCGACGACUCCUUGGAUGAGGACCUUGCUUUCCACUCCCCUUCACUGGAUCUCGUUUCUGAAGCUUUAGCUGUCAUCAAUAAUGGGAACAAAGGCCCAGCUGUUGGCUCAAGGAUAAGCAUGCCAACCUCAAAACCUCGGCCAGGACUGAGGGAAGAAAAACUAGCAAGUAUCAUGAGCAAGCUACCGCUGGCUACACCCAAAAAGCUCGAUUCUGCUCAGACUGCACACUCAUCAAGUCUUAUUGCUGGUCACACAGGGCCAGUACCAAAGAAACCCCAGGAUUUAGCUCAUACUGGCAUCUCUUCAGGCCUUAUUGCUGGUUCUUCAAUUCAGAACCCUAAAGUCUCCCUAGAACCUUUGCCAGCCAGGCUACUUCAGCAAGGACUCCAGAGGUCAAGCCAGAUUCAUGCUUCUUCCUCCUCACAGACUCAUGUCUCCUCCUCUUCCCAAGCCCAAGUUGCUGCCUCCUCUCAUACUCUGGGAACGUCAGAGGCCCAGGAUGCUUCUUCGUUAACACAAGUAACAAAGGUGCACCAGCAUUCAACUGUCCAACAGAACUAUGUGUCUCCAUUACAGGCCACCAUUAGUAAAUCACAGACCAACCCAGUGGUGAAAUUAACUAAUAAUCCCCAGCUUUCCUGUUCAUCCUCACUAAUUAAGACUUCCGAGAAGCCGCUGAUGUACCGCCUUCCCUUGUCCACCCCGUCACCUGGAAAUGGUUCUCAAGGCUCCCACUCCCUGGUUUCUAGGACAGCACCAAACACCACUACCUCCACUAAUUAUUUAGCCAAGGCUAUGGUAUCACAACUAACCACGCAGGGUUUCAAGUCUCCCUUCUCAAUGGCUGCAUCCCCCAAACUGGCUGCAUCUCCCAAACCUGCCACAUCUCCCAAACCCUUGCCCUCACCUAAGCCUUCUGCCUCACCCAAGCCCUCUCUGUCAGCUAAGCCUUCAGUAUCAACUAAACUUAUCUCUAAGUCCAAUCCCACACCCAAGCCUACUGUAUCCCCUAGUUCCUCCAGUCCAAAUGCACUAGUAGCCCAGAGUAGUCACUCCACCAGUAACAACCCAGUCCAUAAACAGCCCAGUGGAAUCAACAUCAGCAGACAGUCUCCCACCUUGAAUUUGUUGCCCUCUAAUCGCACUUCAGGCCUUCCAUCUACAAAAAAUGUUCAGGCCCCUGCAAAGCUAACAAACUCAUCAUCCACUGGAACUGUUGGCAAGAACAGCUUGAGUGCAACUGCAGUGAAUGUACCUGCCACCAGAGGUAGCAACCUUAACUCAAGCGGAGCUGGUAGGACUAAUCUAUCUGGGGGAACAGGAAGUGGAACACAGGGUGCUACUAAACCGUUGUCUACUCCACAUAGACCAUCCUCUGCCUCAGGGUCGUCAGUGGUAACAGCCAGUGUGCAGUCCACAGCAGGAGCAUCAUUAUUGGCUAAUGCCUCACCUCUGACCCUCAUGACAUCACCCUUGUCUGUAACAAAUCAAAAUGUGACUCCCUUUGGGAUGCUGGGUGGCCUUGUUCCAGUGACCAUGCCCUUCCAGUUUCCCUUGGAGCUGCUUGGCUUCGGAACGGACACAGCUGGAGUGACAACCACCUCGGGAUCUACCUCAGCCGCCUUCCACCACAGCCUCACUCAGAAUUUACUAAAAGGUUUACAGCCAGGAGCUCAGCACGCAGCAACACUUUCCCACUCACCUCUGCCUGCACACUUACAGCAAGCAUUUAAUGAUGGAGGCCAAAGUAAAGGGGACACUAAGUUACCACGGAAAUCUCAGUGACUUCCCAGCGAGCAGAGACGAAAUGUGUAGCUGGCUGAUGGGAUCUACCUGAUGGGAAAGUCCUUAUGUGGUCACAGGGCUGCUGUUUCUGUCGAUGUUUACAUUCUCGUCCCAAGCACUGUGGUGAGGAGGAAAAGGAAAGAAAAUGUUACUUGAGCAAUGCCAGGUGCAGGAGGAAGAAACACUUUGUGCAAAGUUAGUGACCUUUGGUCUCUCCUAAAGAAAGACAGAGUUACUAUGUUAACUGACUUGAAAGAGACUCAGCUGUCAAACCCACAGAAGUACAAAUUUGAUUUUUCCCCAGGGGAGGAAAAGGAAAUUGAAAGGAUUUGGGUCAGUGCCAUCCAUCCUGGGGGUUGGAUCUGAACACUUGUAGACAUAACCACAUAAUAAAAGCAGUAGCUCUUACAUUAGGCCAGUUUGUCAGGAGUAAUGACCAUGUCUGCUCAAGUGAAUAGUGUAGCAGAUUUGCCACAAAUUGAGUGAAUAACCUUAUGCCUGCUAACAGAUAGUAGCUUAAGAAAUACUUAGCCUCAAACAUCCUGAGCAAACUUGAAUCUUUCCCAGUAUGUAGCAACUCUGUAAAUCAGUGGACUAAAGAUGUGUCAGGAAAUGUACUCGAGCACAGUGAUAUGUAUUACUAAAUCAUCUAGAUUUUUAGAAGUCAAGAAAUCGAGCCUGUUACUCUUAACAGACAAAACAUAAUGUCCCCUUUUUGUGAAAGGGUCAGUUUCAUCUUCCAUUUAGAAGCAGGUACUUAACUCUUCUUCAGGUGAUUUAUGCACCUGGUAUUUACUGGUUAAUUUUUAUUUCUAGUCUUGAUGUUACAAUGUGACUGUGUUCACAUUUUUCACUUGAGAAAUAGGAAUCUUUGUUAUUGGGCUGCUGUUUUCCUGCUCUUCACCCUGGCAGGCCUCCUAGCAAGAACUGUGAACUUUCCUGGCUCGCCUCACUUUACAAGUUCACUUUCUGUUCUUUUAGCUACUGAUACUUCAGGUGAUUGAUUGUUAGCUGUUAAUAGAAACAGGUAGAAAUGUAUACUACGUAUAUUUUUUCCACUGGUCAUCAAAAUAACAUAUAUAUGUAUAAAAUUUCUGGGUUUUGGUGAUAUUUUUGAGGGAAAGAAAUACAUUAGGAUCAUUAUAUAUACAAGGAUUGUCUUUUAUAACAAUCACAAUCUAAUUUACCUUCCUAUAUUCAUGUAGUGAAAUUGUUUGGAGCAUUUGGGAUCUUAAAGCUUUACCAAUAUUUACUCAGAGUAUUGAUAAUAUCAAUAAGCCUGCAGAUAAUAAGUUCCUUAGUUACUAUAGCUUCCUUAUGCAAAUCAUAGUUAACAAAGGAAAUUAAGGGGAACAUUUAUAUCUGUCUUUGGAUAUAUUUCAUUUUAUUUUGCCUCAGCAUCAUUGUGGUAUCUCUUAGAGUUUUAAACUUGUGAAUAAUUUCACACUAUACCCAACAAUUGUAUGAGCUCUUAAAAGUGUAACUUUUGUCUGUUUAUAUAACAACAAACACCCCUACCCACCCCAAAAACAGCACUAGGCUAGUUGUAGCAAGGGUUCUCUCAUACUUCAUUAUAUAUUACCCUAUGGCAUUAAGUUUAUUCCAAAAAUAGUAUUAACCAGAGGGGUUUUUUUCCUCUUAUAAGUAGAAGUUCUAAAUUGCCUACAGGGCUAUAAAUAAUCACAGAUCUACUCAGAUCUGUAUGCCUAUAUUUUGACACAUUGGCUUGCUUCAUAGAAAAAAAAAAGGCAAGUAACUGAAUUCUUCAGUUGUAAGAACUUGUUACCAUGAAAGAACAUGAUUAUUUAAAGGAAUCAUUGAUGGAUACUGGGAUGUUGCAGAGAUUUGACUUGAAUUCAGUAUGUUUGAUUAAGAUUCAUGUUGUUUUUUAAUUAGGGAAGCGUCUUCAAGUCUGAUUUAUUUGGGGAGCAGAACUCUUAUGUUUGCCUUUGCUAACCUUAGCUGGGCUGGUGGUGGAAGUUGUCUUUUGGAAACGUAGCCUUUGAUUUACUACUUAUGCCAGGAGUAAGGUCAGAGUUGCAUAUUAAUCUCUCUUCCUGCUGAUGGGUGUACAUGUGUUUAUCUUUGUGUGUGUAUGUGUAUACACACAUGCAUGUUCAUAUAAAUUAAUGGUUAGUAUGUCAAAGAAUAAUAAUAUUGUAAUUUCUUAAACCCAUCAGUUCUGAAUCAUGCUAAAUGCGGAUCUGAUGACUCUGAGUUUUUUGUCAUCAUUAGGGAUUUAAUAAUUCUGCCCUAGUGUCAUUUUAUAUGAACUGGUCACAAUACUUGAAGGCCCUUGGCUCUGCAAAUACAACAUAGAGAUUCUGUCUUCUCCUAGAGGACUGCAGUCAGAUCCCUGCCUCAGCACCACCACCCCCCAUCCCUUUUUCACAGAUCGGUUUAUAUGCAUCUCAGUCCAGACCCUCCUUUGUGUUGUACAGAUGGGAAAUGGGGCAAAAUCCUUGUCUUUCUCCAUAGAUAAAGUAUAAUCAGAGUUUCUACAUGUAAAUACAACUUAUUUCUUUUCUAGAGCAUAACAUUAAAAAUGGUGUCCAUACUUUAUGGUCAUCUGUCUUUACAGUUUUAGUACUAAAAAACAAACAUGUAAAUUGGUUAUUUUUUAACACAGAGACUUGACUCAUACUGUAUUUUUGCACUUAAAUUAUGUUAUUUUUAAAAAUGGUGAUUGGAAAGGAUAUCUAUAGAGCAAUGUGUAUUCUAAAGAGCAUUAGCAACAUCCAAAUGCAAAAGUAAUCAGCACACUUAAUUACAUCCCACUUGGAGGGAUUCUUGAUUCAGGAAGAUUAAGUUAUUUGUUUCCAACUGUCUUAUUUUGAAAUUGCCUUCACUAAUAUAUAAGCUGUUACUGUACAUACAAGUUAAUCCUCAGUAUUCACAAGCAAUAAUGGUCAGCAGAGCUGUCCUCAGAGAUAGCCGUGCUGGACCUCAGUUGGAGACUGUUUGGGAGCAAAGUGUCAAGCUCAUGCAGAGCCUCCAGAUUAAAUGCAAGCAAUAAUUUACAUUGUAAGUGAAUUAUAAUUCUUUCUCAUAUGCUUCUGAGAUCAGAGGGUAGGAAAUCAUGAUUUUUAAAACAGCCUGAAGAAAAUUAUCUGGGGAAAAAAAGUGAGAUUAAUCUACAGUCACAAAACCCUGAUACAUUACUUUGAGGAAAUAAGAGAAUUGGGUCAGUACAUUCUUUCAUGCCCACCACCCCUCUGAUGGAUGAUAUCAGCCCAAAUUCCUUUGUUUUGUGUCAUUGACACUGAAUAGGGUUUAUGGGAUCACCAAGGUAAGGGGAAGGUCCAUGUUUGGAUACUGUGGGUUUGACACCUGUUUGAAGACAACUUACUGGAACUGAUUCUUAAGCCAGGAUAUUCUUCUUUUCCCAAAGCAGAUCCAAAUUGUUUACUACCCAGGAAUGGAAAGGGCAGGCAGCGCUAGUCUCUGUCUUCUAGGUUGCCCUCUCCCAUACCCCUUUCCACCUUGACUUGGAUUCAAGACAUUCUCUGAAAUGAAAGUUCUACUGUUACUUAAACUGCCAUUGAUUAUGAGAACUCUUUGUCUUUGGGAUCAUCUCUAGAACUCCAGUUGAUCUAUCAUAUUUGCUGCUACAUUUGAAAAAUGAACUUGGCCCAUAUUGGUUGACUUUAAUUUACAGUUCUUUAUUUCCAGGAGUUUUUGUCAUUAUAAUUUGACCCAUGUAUAGAAUUAGGAUACUUUAAGAAGUGUAUCAUAAAAGCACACUGGUCCCUGUAUUGUUACCAUUUAUGUUUUGAAUUUGUUUGCUUUGUUCUUUGGUUUUUGUUUUGUUUUUCAAGUUAGAAAUAGGAGAAUGAAAAAAUUCUAUAAUCAGGCCAAACUUGAGAACUUUCCCUGCGUCAGCCCCAUGGUUUCUGCUGACCCUCGUUCUCAAAGGGGCACUUUGACUUCUAUUCUGCAUGUAUAAUUUUUUGUUUGGAGGGGGGCUUUUGAUUUUGUAAAAAUGAAGCAGAAGUGCAGUGGUAGAUAAAUGACUGAUCACAGACGUUAUGCAAUUUUAUUUUAUAAAACUUUAAGGGAAAAGUUUAACUCUUUGUAAAUAAUUUCUUAGCUCUGGUAAAUGCUUAUAUUACUCUAAAACAUGCUCAAUUCAGGCCUUUGUCUUUGUUAAGUGCCUUUUAUUUCUUUCUUUUCCCCUCUUUUGAAACUGUUCUCAGAUACCCUACGUACAUAUUAUAAGUCAGGGGUUUCAAGAGGAAGAAUCUCAAGACUUACAACGUCAUAUCAUGCUGUAAUACUCUUCCUUUCCUUUGUGUGUACAUGGGUAUGUGUGUAAGGUACAUAUCACAUCCAUAUGAGACUAGUAGCUGCUGUACCACUGUGUCCUUUCCAAGCCCUGUCCUUCUGUGUUUGAGAAACUUCGGCCUUGUUUAUUCCAUUGCUUUUAGUUCAUUAAAUUGGGAAGAUUGGGAGAUUUUCUUACCACAAGAUGCUCUCUUCCCCCGUUGAAUAAUAUCUGCUUGUAGAAGUUGACAAAUAUAUGUAUGUGUGUGUGUGUGUCAGUUAUUACAAGUAAAAUAAAUUUAGUGGACUCAUUAUCCCUGGAUACAACCCACUGCUCUGUACCCUUUGAACUUGGCAUAAGUAAUUAAGACAAAGCAUUGGAAUAACAAGAGUAUCUUGCAGGGCAAGUUGAUAGGGCCAGGUGCACUUUGGCAGGGAAGAUUAAAUACAUGGAGGAAUAGAGUUACAACCAUGGCAUGGUGGUAAGAAUUUAUCUUGUAGGAAGUUAGCAACUAUGUCAGCUUUUAAAAAGUAUCUACCAGGUAUGAUGGCAUACACCUAUGGUCCCAGCACUUGGGAGGCUGAGGCAAAGUAAUCACCAUGAGUUCAAGGCCAGCCUGGGCUACGUGGUGAGUUCAAAGAUAGCCUGAACCAAGGAGUGCGAGAGUCUGUCUCAAAAAAAAAGCGAAAGUAAAAAAUAUCGUACUUCUUCUGGAAAAUGAUUUGAAAAAAUCAUGUAACUGCAUAUCUACUAAAAAUAUGAGUAAAUCAAAAUAGACUUCAAAUAGUGAGGAAAACGUUCAUAUGAUCAAUAGCAUUCUUGAGAGAUCUUCAGCCUUACUUAUUUGUAUUUGCCAGAUAAUUACCUCUGAUGUUAUGGUGGUUUGGAUUUCUCCCUUGAGCAAAAUACCAUAAUUUUCAAUAUCUAAGAUACAUCUGUUUCUUGUUGAAAACAGAUAGGUGUGACAUGUUAAAGGAGGCUAAGUUGAACCAAUCCUCAAAAGUAGUACAAAUUUAUUUUUUAAAAAUUACCCCCUGUUGGGGCUGGGGAUUUAGCUCAGUGGCAUAAGCGCCUGCCUUGCAAGCAGGCAGUCGUGAGUUCGAUCCCCAGUACCGAUAAAAAGGAAAAAGAAAAAAAAAAAAAAAAAACUACCCUCUGUUAAAUAAGAUUUUGAUUUGGAGCAGGAGAUUGGUGGCUAAAAGUACAAAACAAAACAGGUCCUUGGUAGCAAAACUCUUGUCAGGCAGUUAGACUAAUGCCUAAAUUACUGCAUCUAGGGGGAAUAUCAUUUAACCUUUGUGCCUCAGAUUAGCCAUGGGAUAAUUGGAUAUAUAAUAAUGUUCACCUACCUCCCAGGAAUGUCAAGAGACUUUAUUCAAAAAUAUUUUGAGUUAUUUCGAAAAUAUUCAUACAAUGACCUAUAUAAUUAAAAAUAGUAUUAUCUUCCUGCAGAGGCUGAAAAAUGUUUUCCUUAUGGGUAUAAAGAGCAACCUAUGAUUUUUAAGUUCUUUUAAAAAAUCACUGGAAUUCUAAUUUAGAUACAUAUUAUUUAAACAUACUCUAUUUGUGGUGGGAUAAAAUGGUUAGUUUCAGAUUAACAAAGUGGGAUGGGAAUGGAGAGACACGUAAUUUUCUUAAUUAUAAGUGGAUUUUUUAAACUUUCUAUGGUGGUAUUGUUUAUGUGAUGUUUGCCAAGAUUGUGGAAUCUGAAGUUAGAUGAAGUUUGGGAGAUUGUUUGUUAGAAUUGAUAAAGGACCCUGCAAGUUUUAUCUGCCUGCCUUUUCCAUCUUCUUAAUUUGCUGACAUUACCUGUUGGUGAUGGGUAGCUAAACUUUUAACUUGGUAAAAAGGAAUGGGAGUCUCCUGUUCAUAAAUAAGAGAGGCACAGGCUGUCCCCUACCUCUAGGGCUCCCAGCCUUGCUCUGAGGAGCCCAGCUGCUCAUUGCCAGGCCAAGAGUGACCCACAGUUGCUCAGGCUGCAGGAAAGUGGAGAGAAGAGGCGGCUUCACUUCCUAGCUGGGGCAGGCAGCAAUGGGUAGAGUAGAAGGAACUAUGGUUUCCCCAGCUCACAGAAGGAAAUGAAGAUCCCACCCACCUUCCUUUUUCUGUGUACUGAGUUGCCCUUUCCUCCUUCCCCCACUCAUUUUUUUUCUUUCUUUCUUUUUUUUUUUUUUUUUUGGUACCAGGAAUCAAACUCAUGAUCUCUUGCUUGCCAGGUAGGCACUUGUGCUGCUGAGUUAAAUCUUUGACACCCCCCGCCUUUGUUUUGUUUUAUUUUCAUCUGUCUCCCUUUUCUCAUGUAAAACAAGGAGAAGAAAUGGAUGCUGUAACUUUGGCUAAGGCUAAUACUGGAGGAGGGAUGUGAAUGUAAAUUGUAGCAAAUAUUCAGAGUCAGGGAAGAGGAAGCAGGGAGCUGAGGAGCAAUACCCGGCUGAAGGCAGCUAGGAGGGACAAACCGCCCGGCCCCGCCCGGCCCGUGAGCAUCUGGGUCCUCCCAGAGUUGGAGAAGGCCUGGUUGCUCUCUAGUGAUGUGAUUUUUAAAGAUGACUCUUUGGGCUUUUCUUGCUUUUUUCCAAAUAAGGCCUUAGUUAAUAGCCUCUAAACACCAGCUAUGCAGAUACAUAUACUAUUUUCCACAUUUCCAUCUUCUUCCAUUUCUCAAAUAACAAGAAUUCUACCCAAAGAAAUAAGACAUUAUGAUUUUGUUGAUUAUAUGUUUGUUCCCCUAGAGAAAAGUAACAGAAGAGUAAACUAGACAUAUUUUGUGUGUUCAUCUGUCCUAAAAUGUGAACUUCAUAUUGAGAAGCUAACUACCUACAUCCAGCCUUUGACAAGCACAGAGCCGUGCUGUGGCUUGUAAGGGCACGGUGGAACACCCCAGGGUUCGGCUGGAGGAGUUCUGGGCGUCGUGACACGUUGUUGUGGUUACAGAGCUGCCUGUGUAGUCAGGCUCUAGAAACAGUAUGAUGGUUAAUGCUGGGUCCAUCCUGCGUUUCCUUAGUCGCCGUCUUUCCUUUGGUGUGAGCUAAUGCUUCAUUCCCCGUGUCACCAGCCAGCUGCCCCACAACACAGUGAGCUGUGUGUGGUGAGCACCUAGGAGGAGGUGCACGGUCUCUCAGACCCUCUGGGCUCCUCUGUCCUUGUCCCCCUGGAACUCUAGGAUACAGCCUACAGUACAGGAGAUUGUUUACAUCCUGGCCUACUGUCUCGCAGGUAGGGCUUCCUGAGGCAUCUCAUGAGAAUGCCUUUGAAUAAUUUGAUAUUAAAUUACAUUUUUCUCAUACAGUCCCAGAGUGCCAUUUGCUUGAAAAUAGCUUUUUGUGAUAUAUUCCAUUAUAGUAUUUCUACUUCUCAGCCUUGCCUACACAUUACCAUUUCCUAGUUAGUAUUUCAAGCUUGGACACUUCUUCAGACUAUUAUCCAGAGAUUGUGAGACUGAAAUCUCAGCCGUAUAAUUAAGAACCUCUGUGUCCAGGACUUAGUCGUCCAUGGUGAUCACUAAUGACUGACAUUUUCUUUUCCUUUGUAUGAGGAAAAAAAAAAUAGAUUUUGUGGGCUAGCAGUGUAGCUUGAGAUCACUGGCCUAGCAUGCUGAAGGUCUUGGGUCCCCUCCACAGUGCCAUCAAAAAACAUAGUUUUUCAUUACUGCAUGAUGUGGUAAUAGCGUGUUUGUGGCUUCCUCCUGAUAUUUCAGGGUUGUUCACAAGAGAUACAGGCCUUCGUUAGGGGCUCUUCCUCACAGUAGUCUGCUUCGCUUGCUUUCAUAUUUCCCCUAGGUCAGACAUGUUUUGAAUCCUUAGUACCAAUCUUAUCCUCCUCAGAAAACACUCUGUACAUUAUCAUCUGUUGCCAUUUUGCAGUUAGUAACAUAAUGCUGUUGUAGCUUAAGUCUGGUUUCUAGACAUCUACUACUAGAAUGCUAAUGAAGAACCUGAUUGGAAAACAGAUAACUAUCUCCCAGGGUAACUUGGAAAUAUUCCUGGUUUUGAAGUUAAUAAUUCCACCUAUUCUUGAAGCACAUUUUGGAGUCAGCAGUAACCAAGACCAGCCAGUUGAUACGUUUUACUGUGUGGCAGCUUGCCCUUAACCUAGCAAAUCUUAGCUGUCUUACAUUUUCUAUCCUUACAUCCUUUUUUGCUUAUCUCUCCUGUUUUCAGAGGUAGCAUAGCCUGUAUCAGAAAUUGGGAUUUCUUUCCCAUGCUUCCAAAUUACCUAGGACUCCCCCAAUUUUGGCUAGUAGAAUCAUAAAGGAAAACAAGUCAUUCUUCCUUGACAGAGGUAUUAUUAUUUUGCACUGUUGGUUGGACAGUUGGCCACCUUUGAUCCUCCUCUUUUUGCAGAAGUCUUGGCUGAGACUACAUAAUGAUUCUGUCUGCCUCCUGGCACCUGUAGAUGGUCAGAGAGCCUUCCACCAUUAGGUGGGGUGUCCAGCCUCCCAAGAACUUCCUCUCAGCUAGCCUCCAGGGAGAAGAUCCAAGUUUUGCACUGUACCUUUGUUGACUUUCAUUGAAAAUUUAUCUUAUUUUAGAAAGUAUCAAAAAUGUCAUGUUGUUCUUUGAAGAGAGUCCUUAAAUUUGAGGCUUUCUUUUGUGUCUCACUCACUUUAAACACUGUCAGACUUCAAAGGGAAGUAAGAUGCUGGCUGCUGAGAAGAUUGUGUCCCAAAUACAUUAAUGCCUGCAAGGUACCUAAGCCAGGACUGUUUUCCCUUUUUUCUUUAUGAGCAAGAAAGUUUUUUAUUUGUAAUUUUAAAGAUUUCUAUGGAACUACAGAUGUGUUUGCUAUAGCUAAUUGGUAAUCAUGAGUCUGAUUUCUAACCUGGAUAAGCACAUAUUUCUGACUCUUACAGUAUGAAUUUUGAUAAGGGAAAGAUUUCUGUUUGAUGACAGGAAACACAGCCCUAAUUUAUACAGUAAACAUUCAGUCUGCAGAGGAGCUCCUCCUCCUUGGCUGCUCCCCAAUCCCACAGAGGCACCAUGGUGCAGAAACAGUCCCGAAAGAGAGGACGGUCCUCUAGGAAAAAGGCAUGAAUUCCUUGUUGCAUUUGCUCAUACCGCUUUGCUAACUUGAAGGGAUGUGCUGUAUUUCAAAUAAGUGUGUGACUUAAUAUUUCGGGGUGUUUUUUUUUUUUCCCUCCUUUAAAAACUGGACCUGAAUACAAGGUUUGAGUUGAUAUUUGUAAUAAUCUCAGGACCUGAAAGAUUGUAGCAUUUAGUGUGUCUUAAAAAAUUAUGUACUGUACCAGCCAUGGAUUUUGUAAAUAUACCUGUCUCCCUUUUUUGUAUUAUUUUAGUAAAAAAAAUAAUAAAUUUAAAUAAAAGGGGGUGGUGAUAAUGUGCGUGGGUGUGGGUAUGUAUGUGCGCGUGUUUGUAUAAGGCUCUUUGGAGAUGAACUGGUGCUCGUUUAACUUUUGGCUCAGCUCAGAGCAGGAAUAUGGACACAGUGCUGCUACUGGCCCUGCACUGAGCCGAGGUAUCUCCAUGUGAUCUUUCCCAGCGGUGGAGGUGGCUUGGGAGAUCACUUUUUCCCACUGCCGUCUGGCUCCAGCCUUCUCAGUUCUGCAUACCCUUACUGGUAAAGUGUCCCAGACUCCGCUGGUCUCUAGUUUUUAGAGGACUAUCAUCACUUUCCUAGGGAAAAAGGGCACAUAAAAUAUUUUUAACCAAAAAACAUUUCUAAAACCCUGGUGAAUUUUGGGUAUGUAGAGAACAUAAGCAUUCCAAAAUAUGGAUCUGUGAAUUUAGUAAAUUAACCCCAUGGAUAUACUCCUUCAGUGCAGGGAUUUUUAUUUUUAUUUUUAUUUUUUUUUUCUGCAACAGCCUUGCUCAUAUUCCAGGUAUAGCUAGCAAACUCCUGUUUUGAAGCAAGAGCCUUAUUUGAUUCAGUAUAGAUGUUUCCUGUCUGUCGUUUGUGACAGGGCCUUUUACCUGAGUGUUUUUCUUUUUGUGUGUUAUGUGUUUGUUCUAUUAAAUAAAGAAGAAUGUACAUACCGUUA